GUGGAAUAUUCAAACCAUCAGAAACAGAUGGGCAUAUGAAUUAGCGAGUUAGCAUCCUCUAUAAAUGAUUGAGAACAAGUAGCGAAAGGUAUCCCAUUGGGAGCGUAUAAAAAAUAUGUGUAUCCCAAACCUUGGGCUGGAAACUAACGAAUGCUAUAGAGACAUACCCAUCGCAUAAGGCAACUCCUAGUUACAUGUAGAUGAGAAGGUAGGCGAAAGAAGAGAAGUGGGGGGCGUGAGGUGAUCAGCCAGAGCUAGGACCAGGGGAUAAUGGGCACCGACUCCUCGUCGUCAACGUCGCCGGCGGCAGUUGUGGCUAAGAGCGCGGCGAGGACGGUGGCGCAGCACCACCAGGCCGUGGUCGGGUUCCUGUUCGGCUUCUUCCUCGUCCUGCUGCUCUACACCGCCAUGUCUUCCCAGUUCGGGUCCAGUACUGGUACCAUUGGUGUUCUACAGUCUACGCCAGCCGUGCAUACAAAUCGUAACGCCAGGAGGACGGCACCGGUGUCGACGCUUAACAAUUCGACUCGUGUAGGGAAUGGGAAUGAUAUGGAGCAAGAUGACAGGCCGAAGAGCGAUGCAACUAAGAAGAUGCAAGAACGUGCCCAAUACGAUGGACAUGGAACCGACAAGAAUAACCGCACCGAAGCCAAAUUCGAUGGCGUGCAAAGGGAAAAUGCAGAGCAGCCAAGUCAACCAACGAACGAUGAUAGCGACACGAUGGAGGAAGAGCUUAUCCGGCAAGAAAUCGAUCAAGGCACCAGCAAGAAUGAUUCCAACAUGGAACCAGAUGCGCCACGCAAGCCAAUCUGCGAUCUCUCCAACCCCAGAUACGACAUUUGCGAGAUCUCCGGCGACGCGCGUACCAUCGGAAUGAACCGCACCGUCAUCUACGUCCCGCCCGCCGGCGACCUCGGCGAGGACAGCCAGGAAUGGAACAUACGGGACCAGUCCCGCAAGUACCUGGAGUACGUCAACAAGGUCACGGUCAAGUCGUUGAACUCCUCCCAGGCGGCGCCGGAGUGCACCUCCCGGCACGCCGUCCCGGCCGUCGUGUUCGCGAUGAACGGGCUCACGUCCAACCCGUGGCACGACUUCAGCGACGUGCUCAUCCCCCUCUUCGUCACCACGCGAGCCUUAGACGGUGAGAUCCAGUUCCUCGUCUCCGACCUCCAGCCGUGGUUCGUGGACAAGUACAGGCUCAUCCUCAAGAACCUGUCCCGCUACGACAUCGUUGACUUCAAUCAGGACGACGGCGUUCGGUGCUACCCGCACGUCGUCGUCGGCCUUCGCAGCCACCGCGACCUUGGCAUCGACCCCGCCCAAGCGCCGAGGAACUACAGCAUGCUUGACUUCCGGCACUACAUCCGCAACAUCUACUCGCUGCCGCCCGCUAGCGUCGAUAUCCCGUACAAGGAGGCGAACAACGUCGCCGCCGGCGCCAUGGAGCAACGGAAGCCACGGCUUAUGCUUAUCAACCGCGGGCGGACAAGGAAGUUCGUCAACUUCCCGGAGAUCGUGGCGGCGGUCCGGGAUGCCGGAUUCGUGGUCAUUCCCGUUGAGCCGCGCAGGGACCUCAGCUUGGAGGAGUUCUCCCAGGUCGUGGACUCGUGCGACGUGCUCAUGGGCGCGCACGGGGCCGGGUUGACCAACUUCUUGUUCCUCCGCACCAACGCGGUAAUGCUGCAGGUGGUGCCGUGGGGGUACAUGGAGCACCCAUCCAUGGUGUUCUAUGGCGGGCCGGCGAGGGAGAUGCGGCUGCGGGACGUCGAGUACAGCAUCGCCGCCGAGGAGAGCACGCUCUACGACAAGUACGGCAAGGACCACCCGGUGAUCAGCGACCCAGAGUCCAUACACAAGCAAGGGUGGCAAUUCGGAAUGAGGUAUUACUGGAUAGAGCAGGACAUCAGGCUCAACGUCACAAGAUUUGCUCCAACGUUGCAGCAGGUGCUCCGGAUGCUCAGGGAAUAGGGAAAAAAGUGUUUUCAUUUUAUUUUUAGACAAUGAAAUAAGAUUCAACAUAUUCUAGCUUCUACGUUUUACAUGGAUGUACGCAUGUACGCAGACAAUAAUUAAUACAAAGUUAUAGCCACUGGCUACAAAAAAGAUGUAACAAA